GACGAUUAUCGGUGUGACACAUGACAACAAAUACACGGAAGAACCGAGUAUCCGCUCACACAAGCGGCAUUGUGUUAAUAUUAGUGUUAUUUCUGACUGUCAAAACCUGCCGGCACUAUGGAGGACCAGGAGAUGCAGCUGAAAGUGAGACGAGUGAGUGACAAAUUCACGGAGAGCAUGUACGUGCUGGCUAACGAGCCGUCGGUGGCUCUCUACAGGCUGCAGGAGCACGUCAGAAGGUCGCUGCCUGAGCUGGUGCAACACAAGUCGGACAUGCAGAGCUGGGAGGAGCAGAGCCAAGGAGCCAUCUACUCUGUGGAGUACGCGUGCAGUGCCGUGAAGAGCAUGACAAACAGCAGCUUGUACUUCAAAAAUAUCGACAGCCUCCUGCGUCAAGCCAUCAGCAUGAAGGAGCAGAUUAGCAGCUCUCAAGGACGCAGCUUACAUGAUGUGACCCCCUCUCCCAGUCCCCUUGUCUCUGCUCCACAUGCACCUUCCACUUCCUCAUGACCUCUGGGCCGAGGUGUCCAAGGAAAAGGGCCGCGGACGCGAGCGCGCUGAAGGAAGGGGGAGAAAAGCACGGCUCUGGGAUGUGACGCGACUUCCUGAGACGUCGGCUUCUGCUGCCCCUUCCUCUAGACCCAGGCCGAGGUGGGCGUCGUUAGGGCGACGACCCCCCCCACCCUCCACCACCACCCACCCCAGUACAAGCCGCUCAGUGGAACAGAGCAACACACGCGCCGCCGGGUGCAGCAUUAAAAACACUUGAGUCAUGGAGGCUGCUCAAAGAAUGCAUUGUUCUCUGGGACUCGCUGGACGGGCCAGAGAGCCUCUGCUGUCGGUUCUGUGCUGCGCUGCUAAUGUUUUGGUCACUGGAAUUUGUUUGUACCCUGCAUGCAAAUUGUAAAAGCCAUAGAAGCAAGGUGCAGCAGCAGGCAAUAAUCCGUGCCCGUCUUGCAGGAUAAAAUGGAUGCAAGAAUAAGCAACAGAAUACAGGUUUUUCUCUCGUUUUUUUUUCUUUCUUUUUCUUACCUGCCAGGUAGACAGAAACCCCGAGGCAGAACAGUCCGAUGGCCACGUGUCGCACUGCUCUGCUGUCUAAAAGAAACCAGUCUGCUCUGUGGGAACAAAUGUCGGAUGUUCAGUGCUGUGGCUCUGGCACGUUUACGCCUUAACAUUGCUACUCAUCUGUGUAUAAAUGAAGACAACUUCACGCAACAUCUUCUGCGUUGAUAUUUUCCUUUGUGUCGUUUCAUUGCAACAUUUUUUGCUUUCCGAUUCACACUUGGUCGUGGUCCUUUUCUUUGGUUUCUCCCCGGAUAAGUUUUAGAACUGAACCUGACGCAUCGGAUACUUCGUUUGAAUGAAAAGCUCAUUAUUA